AUGCAGACUUUGCAGCAAAGAUGAAGAAAAGCAUAUUCCCAAGUUUUGCUCUCAAAAAACUGGGCACCUUUGUCGCAAUCAUUGUGAUUUUUGUUCACAGUGUUGUGCUUGAUCAUGAUUUGACAUGCAAUUGUGAAGAUAAAGAUCGUGACUGCAACGUCUUCAUGGCCGUACCAUUUUUUAUUCUGUUUGUUGCACAGCUCUGGACAGACAAGACAUAUCUGAGAGCCUGGAAACAGACAUGUAAACGGGAAUUUUCGUAUUCCUGUGUUGGAAGUUUUUGCAAUUUCUUGUAUCAUGUUAUCAAGGCAGCGUUUGUCGGUCUGGCAUGGGUCAUCUCUGUGCUGAUUGAUGGAGACUGGUUCAUUUGCUGUAAGAAUAAUGACAAGUUAGCCUGUAAAGCCAAGACAAACCUGACGGCUGAGGACCAAACCACCAUCGCUGAACUGAAAAACGAGUCCAUGAUUAUUGGCAUGUCUCUUCUCCUUGUUCUCCUUGUGGUUGCCUUUCUGUCAUCAGUUUGCCAACAAUGUUGCUGCAACAGCUGUGAGAAUUGUAGAUGUUGCAACAAAGACAUCUUAUACUACCAAGUGAUUUUGGACGAAGAAGAAAAUGUGCUGAAAGACAUUUUGACAGAGUCAGCAAAAGACAAGUUGAGUGACGCCUUCAUGGCCAAGAUAAAUGACGGAAAAUGGGAAAAAUGUUUGAAUGUUGCUGAAGAUGUGAUAAAGACGUUUGCCGAACCAACUCUUUCUGAAAAACAGCGGAAAGAGUGGCAGGAAAAAAAAAACACGAGCAACGAGGGCGGCAACGACGGAGCACAGGGAGGAAGAGGAGAUGGCUCAGGUAGAGCAGCGGAAAACCAGGAGGAGGAAACAUUAUUCUCAGCUGACGGAGGAACAAAUCGGCCUCGUGAAGAAGGAAAUAACCAGGAGGUAAAUCCAUCCAUCCAUCCACACAUCAUAUUUUUUCCUAUUAAUUGAACUUGGGCCUUUGGCACCAACUCUGGAGGAAAACUAAAAUGAUUUAUCAUUAAAUCAAAACCUGGUGAAUGUGAUGUACUCAGACGCCAUCAGAGGCGCUGCUCCGUCAGUUUUCAAACACGCAGCAUUUCAUCGGGAGGAGUUCACUUUGACUGAAGUUUACAAAACCAAAUGAAUCUCAGAUAUUAUCUUAAUUCUCUGAAGUCUGACCACAUUCAAAAUAACAUAUAUUUCCAAAAUAAAUUAAUAAAAUUCGCAUGAA